GUGUUGAGAACCCCAUCUUGUUUGUGCUAGUCACGAUUGCGAUGAUUGGCCCGACAGUGCACUCGUGGAAAGAGAGGGGCCUCGGCUACAACAUCGAGAGACCGAGGGCGUACGCAUAUUCGAUUGAGGCUAAAGUUGGAGCCAGCUCUCGCACUAUCGAGGGCUCCCAGGAGAUAGAGGUACACCAGACUCUCAGUCAUGCGAUAUGGGCUGAUAACUUUUUCAUCUUCGCCCAAG